AUGGACUUCCCCAACUUGCCUUAUUUGGUCGUGCAGACUGGUGACGGGCCAAAACUACAAUUUUCGGAGACGCAAGCGAUCCACCAGUACUUCGCCGCGAAGUUCGCACCGGCACUGCUGGGAGACUCGCCCGAAGAGACGGCAAAGCUGCAUGAGAUGUGGGGCAUUCCGGAAGAGGUGAAGAACAAAAGCUUGUUGACCUGCUACGGUAGCGGGGCUACCAAAGAGACGGUGCUCAGUGCUUGCACGCCCGGUUUCGAGAAGCUGUGCAGUUACGUAGAAAAGAAGUUAGCGCUGUCAGGAUCUAGCUUCUUGAUGGGCGAAAACAUCAAGUGGGUGGACUUUUUUUUCCUAGAAUUGCUAGAACGGUUCAAUUGGCUUUUGGAAAAUCAGCAUGGGGAAAAGUACCCGCCGUUGCAGAAGUACCGGCUGCAGAUGGCGGCGCUUCCCGGCGUCCAGGCGCAACUUGCAAAGGAGCUGCCGCACACCUUUAACGCAAGCAUUGCGCCGGUAAACGGAAAAGGAUUCCCCAUCUGAAAGGGCAUCACUCACUUUCAAAACAUGAAAUUAAUACCGGUAGGCGGUGGGUCAACGUCAUAUGCAGAUGAUGCUCCCCCGCUGGCCGAUUUAGGUAAAAAGCAUGGUGGAUGUGUGCCGCAGAGGGGCGCAUGUCUACACAGUGUAAGGAUUCAUGGUCAGAGGUGGCACGGCUGCUUCGGGC